CGUGCUCCACAACAGUCGAAAAUACGUAUUUUGUAAGCGCCCUCCUGCAGCCAGCUGCGAGAUUGCAUCAAUUUCAUUCGUUGGCAUCUUCCCUCUCGCACCAUUUGUCUCUCUUCGCCGUGCUUGCCACAGCGCAAGUGCGUCUUUUGUUUCUGCUGCCCUGUCGUUCAUGGCAGACCUGUACCGCCGGCUGCCUUUGCUGCUGCUCGUCGUUGUGCUGCUGCUUGCCGUUGUCGUCUUCCAUAUUUGCUGCCUCGUGCGCGUUCCAUGUAGGAAACAGACGCGGCGAACGUCGAAGACGGUUAGGAAGAUGGAGAGGGUACAGACGAGGACCACGCUGUCCGUUGGGGCUGCGGGGUCGUCACGUCAGCGCUGCAGAAGUGCGGAAGCAGUCAGGCGGCCGUACGACCCCGCACUGUACAGCCACCUGCCGUCCCACGAGAUUCCGUUGCCUCCAAGUGACGAUGACGGCGAUGACCCACGAUGUUCUACCCUUCCUCUGGGCAGCGGUUCGGCUCAGGAUUGGAUGGGGAGCCAGCUGUACAGGCAGGCAUCGACGCCGACGUACACUGAUCUGCUCGAGGGGCGUACCCCGGCUGGUUAUGACGCAGGACUGGUGGAUCUCAGCUUCGGAUUGAGGUCCGGGAGUGCCGAGGAGGUGACGCGCACCGUUAUCGUGAACCGAGCUUCGGGCACGACCCACACACCGGCUCCAAUGACAACGCGGACUGGCAGAUCAGUUCCGUGUAGAACGACGACGGCAGGUGGCACAGUGGAUGGACGACGCCCAAACGAUGAGUGGUCAGCAACAGAGAUCGUUGGUCGAAAGGUUUGGGAUGAUCAUCGGCGACAAUCGCGUGAAGCGAGCACGACCAGCAUAACGAGAGGGGUGGCGAAGAUUAACGUGGGGGCGGACGAUAUAUUCGGCGAUGAAGAUGGUGCAGUGGCGGAGGAUUGCGAGGCGGACGACGGGGCCGAUAACGACGACGAGGAGGACGACGAGGAGAUGGAGAUUCGUCCAAGACCAGGAUUCGCAUCUUGCCGGCCUCGCGCACACCGCGGGAAGGAUGAAGACGAAGACAUGAAGUGGGACGACGUGGAGAAGAGGCUGGUGCACAUGGGGGUCACGAGUAGAAAGGCCGUCGAUUGCGGGAAUGAAUGGGAUAACCUGUACCAGCAAUUCAAAACCGUGCACAAGUUUAUGGGAGAAUCGGGGAAGCCAAAUUUCUUCACACUGACGCCAGGGGAGAGGAAGGAGCGGGGGUUCGAUUUCCGGAUGGAUGAGCGUGUGUAUUCAGAGAUGGCGGCAAUGACCAGGAGCGAUCACACCAUACACCCCACCAAUCUCGCCGACACCGGUGCGACUGGAGGUGUUCAAAUGCCCGGCCCACACGGAGGUCGGAAUGAAUCCGGCGGUAGUGAGGGGGGCGGGGAUGGACAGGACGACGAUCAGGGGUCCACGAGGGAUUCUAUCAGCGGCGGUGGAGUUGGCGGGGGCAGCAAACGGAAGAAUGUGAGACAGCAGACCUUGUACAUGAUUGCAGACGUGAUGAAGGAGCACGAAAGUCUGAUGGCGACAACCGUGGACAGCGCGAGCAAGAGACAAUGCUCAAUUCUGACUAGGCAGUGCGACAUUCUGGAGCGAGAGGUUGAAGUGCAGAAGGAACACUACGUUAAGGCCGACCAAGCGAACUUCAUGAUGUGCAACGCACUUAUGGAGAUUGCUAAAGCGAUCCGCGAGCGAUCCCUUCGUUUACGUGGUCGUUGUUUCCGAUUUGCAGACCAGAUGCCCCCACGAGGCGCCUCAGCGAAGGGCAGGAAAGAUGGCGGGGUGGGCAACGGUGGGGAAAUCCAAAGAGGCAGAGGCCACAUACCGAAGUCGAACAGGCAGCGCAUUGAUGACGCAAGCUCCUCACAAACUGAUGACUUCCUUGCAGACGAAGUGGCUACGGUGGACGCGCAAGGGACGGCAGGGGUCGCGAGGUUGGGUUUCGGGUGGGAUGGAGUAUCGAGGGAGCAGCUACAAGCACUGAAACACAGCGUUGUUGGUGGUGCUGCCGGAACAGUGCCAAGGACCCCAGACACGGCAGAGGUUGUCAUCACGGGCGCGGAGGUCGCGGGACAACUUUCGGCAGGCCAAGGUCAGCCACGUCAGCCACUCCCCCUGCAACACGUGGGGGCAUUAGGGGGAGGGCACACAGCGACCGCGCAAAAGGCCAAGUUGUGGGUUGAUUGCGACGCUUUCUGGGGUCAGGGUCCCGGGAAACCUCUGAGGGAGGCGGUAGGCGAAUGCACCGACUACUUUGUCGCCAUCGCCAACAGAGACGCAGGAGUUGAGCCGCCUUCGAUGCUCAUCAUGCCGCCGAAUGACGUGCCACACUUCAAGAUCAACGACCCGGCGCAGCGUGAACCGGCUCUCCGCAGAGCGCGUAGCGUGGAGAGAGUAGUGCUGCGCACCAUCCACGAUUGGAUCUUCAAAUCGCAGUCGAGGUCGACUGGCUUCGCUCGUGCAGAGUUGUACAUCACCGUCGACUUCGCCACGGACCUCGCACGAGCAGUUUGGCAGGCCUUGGAAUGGUCGAGAGUGGUAUCCCCUGCACUCGUCUACCCCACGCUUACGAUGAAGAUGGACGUGCCUCUGUGGUUCGCGGGGGUGAAGAUUGAGGACCGCCCGGAAGACGACGACAUGGCGGCGCGGCAGGAGGCGACAGUUCUUCGGCUGGCGGAGUGCUGGACAGAUGCACUCUGGUGCGGACAGUGGGCGGAUGGCGGGCGCGUAAAACAGGAGAGGUUGUCCAGGCUCGCGGACUGUCUGCGAGCGUUGUUGUGUGCGGUCAUGUGGAUCAUGCGCAUGGGAGGUGAUGACGACCGAUCACAUUACGAGGCAUGGUUGUACGCGUUCAUGGUCGCGAAACCGACGAUGAUAGCGGCGGGGUCGUACAUCUUCAACUGGCGCCGACACGUGGUGGACUCCUCCAACCUCGUCCUCGAUCGUCUAGGGAAGGUCCACCUCACGCUGGGAGAUUACCCGCAAUGCAUUCCGGAACGGUGUGAUUGUGGGUUGGUGUUCGGGCACAACGCGGCCCUGAAGAACGCGGCAGAGGCCGCAAAACACGGGUGGAUCGGCAGCGGGCCCGCGGCGGAUGACGAUGGAGAUGAUGGAAAGUUACACGUCAUCUCGAGCAGAUGGCAGCGGGUUGGUGCGCAUCGUCGGCGCUUCGUCGACGGUGGUGACAACAGGAGGAAGUGUGCGCCUUCAGUGGACACGGUAGCGCACAGGCGGGACGGGUGUUGCCAAGUGUUGGGGGUGGGGGGUGUGGCGAAUAGGUGAGGUGGCAAGUCCUGCGCAGCAGUCUUUCAAGGCGGAGCUGCGGAAAUAU